AUGCUCCCCAGCGCCGUGGCGGCGCACGCUGGAGCCUACUGGGACGUGGUGGCCUCCUCCGCGCUCCUGAACCUCCCUGCCGCACCGGGCUUUGGCAACCUGGGCAAGAGUUUCUUGAUCGAGAACUUGCUGCGGGCCGGGGGCGCCCCGCCGCACGGGUUGCAGCCGCACGGGUUGCAGCCCCCCGCGCCUCACGGCCCGGCGACCGUCCUGCCCCCCACCACCGCGGCGGCCGCGGGCGCACAGGUUCGGCCCCUUCCGGCCAACCCGGUACCUCUCAAGCUGUGCCCGGCCGCAGAGCAGGUCAGUCCGGCCGGGGCGCCCUUUGGCACGCGGUGGGCUUUCCAAGUGCUCAGUCCUGCGGCAGACGGCGCCAGGUUACCAGGCCGGGCUCCGGGGGACCGAGACUGUACCUUCCAGCCUUCGGCGCCAGCGCCCACCAAGCCUUUGUUCCUGAGCGCCCCUCCAUUCUACUCCGCCUGCUGCGGUGGGUCCUGCCGGCGUCCUGCAUCCCCCACUGCCUUUCCAAGAGAAGAGAGCACACUGCCCCUCCUUUCACCGGACUCUAAUUCCAAAGCUCGGAGGGGUAUUUUGAGAAGAGCCGUCUUUUCUGAAGACCAGAGAAAGGCUCUGGAGAGAAUGUUCCAGAAGCAGAAAUAUAUCAGCAAAACAGAUCGAAAGAAACUUGCCAUCAACUUGGGACUAAAGGAAUCACAGGUGAAAAUUUGGUUUCAGAACAGAAGGAUGAAAUGGCGGAACUCCAAAGAAAAGGAAGUGCUUUCCAACAGGUGUAUCCAAGAAGUAGGCCUUCAAGAGGACCCCCUUGUGCGACCUGCUUUGGGUUUCCCUUCUCCAUGUCGUUCUCUCUGGGAAAUCUCCCAACAGCAGUCAAGUCCAGGAUGGAGAGAGAAUUCACCAGAACCUUCAGAGAGACUAAUCCAGGAGAGUUCAGAGGCAACACCUGCUGAAGCUGACUUACUACCAGGUGCCUUGUAUUCGUGUCCUGAGGAAGAAGCAGGAGAAAAGGGUUUACUUACAGGGGCUGUUUGAAUAGGAUUCCUCUGCGAUAAUUAAAAAAAAAAAACAAAAAACAAAAAACAAAAAAAACCCUCUGAACUAAUUUUUGGACUCUAAAGCCAGCUAGCUUGUGCUUCAUCAGUGCCUAAAACCUAACACAUUUGGGGGGAUGCCUGAACUAAUGCUUUAGGAAACCUCCAAUGUUCUCUUAUUUGGGCUCUAGACUCAGAUAUAAUCUGUAAGUUGACUAGAAUCUACCAGAGAUUACAAGGAACUGAAAAGAAUGAAAAUGAUAGUUGGUUCAGUCUAUGCUCCAAGUAUGGGUAUGUGUGUAUCUCUCUCUCUCUCUCUCUUUGUAAUUAUUCAU